AUGACCGCCGAGCACGCCUUCACUCGCGCUGCUGCUCACGCUCGUCGGAUCGCCAACACCAGUGGUGGCGCUCACCCAAGCAGCAUCACCAGUUCCGACAAUGUUCGACCCUCAGGCCCACAAUCGUCCUUGUCCACUACACCCUCGGCUCAGGAUAGCGACCUCAAGGCUACCGAGAGUCCCGAAUCGAUGGCAGUCAGCACUGUCAAUCAGGGAGGAGCAGUGGCGCCCAUGAAUGCACAGCAAGCGUCACUUCCACCGCGCCGCACUACUACGAGGACACGCAAGAUUCCCAGUCGCUUGCUUUCCCCUGAACCAAGCGCGCUGCGCGUCUCUGGUAGCUCGAAGAAAGCGUCUGAAAAGGCUUCUGCGACUCCAGCUACUGGCUCUGUACCACAAAGUACGCCGAGCAAGAAGUCCACGCGCCUCGGUACCCCACAGGCUCCGGCCAACGCUGAAGGAAGCUCUGAGAAAAUGGUCAGGAUCGAGAGCAGUGACGCCACAGGCUCGAUACAUUCUCCCGCUGAAGACUUGGGUCCAGGCAAACGGAAGAGAAAACCGAGCAGCAUGUCUCGACCACCUUCCACCAUCACUUCGCCACCCCUCCAGACACAGCAGCCCAGUAUCGCCCCCGCGCAGGCUCCGACUCCGACAAGCAUCUCUCGGCCCGUAGUGCCGCGCAUCAAGGUGCGCCUUAGCAACAAUCGCGGUAGCUCCGAGCUCAAGGCUUCCGCUUCACCCGAGGCCAGCUUGCCAGAUACACUGCGCAGUGUAUCGCCCGAGAAGCGAAAACUGCAAAAGUCGGCGUCUUCGUCGAGCAUACUGCGAACCAGCGCAGCUGCAUCUGUGCUGGACAGCACGUCGAUGGAUUACGACUCGGAUGGUGGCGGGAUAGCGACUCGCGCUGCUCUGCUCGCCGAGCCAGAUGAGGAAGCCGAAGACUCUGACACAGCUGGUGGUGACCAGGUGCGAAUUCGCCCGAAACCUUGGCACCAUGCCAAACACUUGCGAGUUAAUUCGGCUGCGUUUAGCCCUCCUUCUUUGCUGGCGCACAACGCUCAAAGUUCAGCGUGGCCAUCCCGUCCAUCGAUCCACGCUCGUGCCGCCACCACUGGUGCCGCUGCUGUGGAUGUGGCCACGGGAAAUGGGGCAACACAUAACACUGCGAGGCGCACUGCCAGCCUGCCGCUCAAACGUCUGGCAUUCGCGGAGGAGACAGCGCGACGCUUGAACAUCUCUAGUGAGGAAACGGACGGCGAGGACGAGGAAGAAAAUGACUUUCACAAGAUCAUGCUCAGCGGAGGUGAUCAAGAUUCGCUCGAAGGUUUUACCAGCACAUUCAGUCCAAAGUGGAACUUGAGCAAAGGCACCGGCAGCUCGGGCGAGGAAGACACGCCUGCUACGACACCACGCAGCCCUCAAAGCUGUGUUGAGCUACCGAUGACGGACAGUGCGGAGCCCAUCGAAUUGGAGACUGAACCUUCGAUCGGAGGCGAUCAAUCCGAUCCCACAAAUCGUCGUCAGGACUCAGAAAAAGCCGAGCCUGUAGACUCUUCGUCGAUGUCAGCAGAUGACUCGGUGUUUGUACACGCUCUGCCUCCUUCCUCUCGUCGCGCGCAUGCGCACGCUGGUACUCUGACGCUCUCGCUCCCUUUCGAGGAGGCAGAUGUCUCGAUGCAUAGCAGCCCUCGGCUGAAUCUGGGUUCAUCUCGAGGAUCGACGCCUCUGUUGGAACGCAGAGCACAGAAGGCAACGCACUUCGGUCUCGAGUCUUCCGAUGCCCAAAGCAGCGACCCCAUGCUCUCACCAGAGCAAGCCUUGCUUGGACUAAGCGCGCCCCCACAAGCGGGAUCUAGCAGCGCGACUGCCAGCCCCUUCGUUCUACCUGUGGGCAUCCCGACGAGCCCAGCGCCACUCGUGCUACCCCCAACAAAGGACCGUCUCCAAGUGGAAGACGAGAAUGGACGCGCGUCCCCUCGUCAAGCGCUGCUCAAAGCAGCUGCAGCCCUACGUUCACGCUCUCUGCUGCGCAAUAGCGACGAGGCAUCGUGGCUGAACGAGUCGCGCUCCAUCAGCCCGCAUUCCAGCUUGUCUGCACGUAUGGAUGAGGACGAGGAUGACGUGUUUGGUCCGCCGGAGGCUAUGGGCCUAUCUGAGCUCGAUCGUGCUUGGGACAGAGACCAUCGGUCCAGAGAGCGCUCGGAGCAAUACGUCGAGUGUCACAGCGACAACGAAGUAACGAAGAGCAGCGCGAUGAUCCUCAAGCCGAUUCUGCGCCGGCCAAGCUUCGCCAACUCGCCAACCGCGCCCUUGAAGCUCGACAAAUAG